AUGGGCGCGAAAUGGUCAGAUUUCAGCGCGGGAGAUGCAGAUCUGGUCGCGCGGAGUGCAGAUCUGGUCGCGCGGAGUGCAGAUCUGGGCACGCGGAGGGCAGAUCUGGGCGCGCGAAGUGCAGAUCUGGUCGCGUGGAGUGCAGAUCUGGUCGCGCGGAGGGCAGAUCUGGUCGCGCGGAGGGCAGAUCUGAGCGCGCGGAGGGCGGAUCUGGGCGGGAGGAGUGCAGAUCUGGAUCUAGGCGCGGGAGGAGUAGAUCUGGUCGCAGGGAGUGCAGAUCUGGGCGCUGGAGGAGUAGAUCUGGUCGCAGGGAGUGCAGAUCUGGGCGUUGGAGUUGCAGAUCUGAGCGCGGGGAGUGCAGAUCUGGGCGCUGGAGUUGCAGAUCUGAGCGCGGGGAGUGCAGAUCUGGGCGCUGGAGUAGCAGAUCUAAGCGCGGGGAGUGCAGAUCUGGGCGCUGGAGUAGCAGAUCUGAGCGCGGGGAGUGCAGAUCUGGGCGCUGGAGUUGCAGAUCUGGACGUGCCUUGGAGGGCAGCGCCUUAG